AUGGCAACUAGACUUCAGUUUGAAAAUAAUUGUGAAGUUGGAGUCUUCUCCAAACUUACCAAUGCCUACUGCUUGGUUGCAAUUGGAGGUUCUGAAAGCUUCUACAGUGUAUUUGAAGCUGAGUUAGCGGAUGUUAUCCCUGUGGUCAAGACAUCCAUUGGUGGUACUCGAAUUAUUGGUCGGCUUUGUGCUGGAAACAAGAAUGGGCUUCUCUUGCCACAUACCACCACAGAUCAAGAACUUCAACAUUUGAGAAACAGUCUACCCGAUCAAGUUGUUGUUCAGCGUAUAGAUGAAAGGUUAUCUGCUCUGGGGAAUUGUAUAGCAUGUAAUGACCACGUGGCCCUCACACACACUGAUCUUGACAGGGAGACAGAAGAGAUGAUUGCAGAUGUUCUUGGAGUGGAAGUUUUCAGGCAGACCAUUGCUGGCAACAUUCUUGUUGGUAGUUACUGUGCCUUCUCCAAUAGAGGUGGUUUGGUCCACCCUCAUACCUCCAUAGAAGACUUGGAUGAGCUUUCUACACUUCUUCAGGUUCCUUUAGUGGCUGGGACCGUGAACCGGGGAAGUGAGGUAAUAGCAGCUGGAAUGACAGUCAAUGAUUGGACAGCAUUUUGUGGUUCAGACACCACAGCAACAGAGCUAUCUGUAAUUGAGAGUGUUUUCAAGCUGAGAGAAGCUCAGCCCAGUGCCAUUGUUGACGAGAUGAGAAAAUCCCUCGUUGAUACCUAUGUCUGA